AGUUUGUAAUUGGAUUUUAUUAUUCUAGUUUAGCUAAUGAAUUCGUUUAAUUGGAAAUAUGGAACGUAAAGGUUGUGAUUUAAGAAGCGAAGAACAAAAGGCUCGAGUUCAAAAGACUCGAGUUAAGAAGUACAAUUGCAUUCGAAGAAAAGGAAUGAAAUCUUGUGGACUAUUUGCUAGUGGUGCGGAUAACUCAGGAGACGGUUCUAAACAGAAAAGUUCUGAACUUGUAGCUCAAAGUAGGAUUAAGCGAAAGAGAGAUGUUUUAUUGUUUUUAGAAAGUUUUUCUCGGUGGCCAAAUAUCCAUUAUCAACCAGCUUAUUCAAUUUAUGUUGAACCAGAUUUCAACCAAACUGUAACCCCAUUCCUGAAAAGUGCUCUUGAAAGUUUUUAUCUCUUAGAACAAAAGUCCUCUCUCGGCUACACGGCCAAGCGCAUAGCUGGCCAUGCCAGAUCCUAUAUUUUGGGCAUUGGAGAGAUGGAUCAGCUGGAACUUUAGGAGAAGAACGGGAACAAGUCUUUUCUACUUUUUCAAGCUAUAGUAAUUCAACAAAAACAAUAGGAGCAGCAAACAGACGAGAUUUUUUAACCGGAUAAUUAACUCGCCAGCAACUUCAACAAGUCGACCAACUGCUCCUGCAGCCCCAGAAAGUCGGCCAGCUACUCCUUCAACAAAUCGACCAGCAGCUCCUGCAGCCCCAGAAAGUCGGCCAGCAACUUCAACAAGUCGGCCAGCUACUCCUUCAACAAGUCGACCAGCUGCUCCUGCAGCCCCAGAAAGUCGGCCAGCUACUCCUUCAAUUCAAACAAGUCGACCAAC